CUGUUUAAUCUUGGGAUGUCUGCUAAAGCCAGAUUGUUGUGCUUACUAAAGCCUGGAACUCCUCCUUGCGUUUCAGUAAUUGGGCAGGUGAAACCACCUGAUGGAAAAGAGGUUUUCACCUCCAGCAUAAACUCAGGACAGGCACACUUUACUACCAGCUGAGAGGAUUUUUAUUUAAUAGGAAGUGUGAGACGACCUCGGGUAUUCUAGGACCUGUCUGCGAGUGUGAGGUGGAGACAACUGUGCUGUGACCACAGUUAGUGUCGGGAAGGGACUAUUGUACAAGAAAAAGUGUUAUGAUGACAGAGCAGUAAAGGUGAGCUGCAGACAUGCCCGUCCAAGUGUCUUUUCUCUGUGUCUAUUGAUGGUGAGGAGCAGGUUCCUGGUGAGGUGUUUGGGUCUUGAAUUAUUUUGUGUGGUUCUUGCAAAAUGUCUUUCUUCAGAAUUGAGCUUGAAAAACUGGCAGAGGGAAAAAUUGCCCUGUCAAACCAUUAUUUUUCUCCCCUUCUUCAUUAUUUUAUUUCCUAUAGACAAGAGAAGAGCUGUUUCUGAACAGCUGCUCCUGCCUCCCUGCAUCAACUCCUGGGAGAGAACCAAAUGUCACAGAAACAGGUUCUGGAUUUUUUUGUUUGUUUGGUGGUUUUGGUUUUUUCCCCCUUUUUUCUGCUGUUGUUGCCGGGGUUCAUUCCCACUCAUGAGCGAGCACUGCAGGGAAGAGGGAGAGAGAGGGGGAGGAGUUCAGACUCGCUGUGCAAAUACGUACAGAACAGCCAAUCUACAUUGAUACCUUGCAGAAAAAAAAAAUCCCAGACGAAGCAAGCGGCUGAGGAUGGCUCAGUCAAAGGCUCUCUUGGUGCUGGAAAACUUUAUAGCUGGGAAAUUUGUUCCUUGUUCCUCCCACAUAGACUCUUAUAAUCCAUCCACUGGAGAUGUCUAUUGCAGGGUGCCAGACAGUGGCAAAGAAGAGGUGGAAGCUGCUGUCAAAGCUGCCAAAGCUGCCUUCCCAAUUUGGUCCUCAAAAAGCCCAUUGGAAAGAUCUCAGAUCCUGAACAAAUUAGCAGACCUGAUUGAACAUGACCUGGAAGCAUUUGCACAAGCAGAGUCAAAGGAUCAGGGAAAAACUAUUACAUUUGCUAGAACAGUGGACAUCCCUCGGGCCGUGUACAACUUCCGAUUCUUUGCCUCUUCCAUCCUUCAUCACACGACAGAGUGCACCGAGAUGGCAACCAUGGGCUGCGUGCAUUACACCUCAAGGGCCCCUGUGGGAGUUGCUGGUUUAAUCAGUCCUUGGAAUUUGCCACUAUACUUGUUGACCUGGAAAAUAGCUCCUGCCAUUGCAUGUGGAAAUACUGUGGUUGCCAAGCCAAGUGAGAUGACAUCUGUCACAGCUUGGAUGAUGUGCAAACUCUUGGAGAAAGCAGGGGUGCCCCACGGGGUGGUGAACAUAGUGUUUGGAACAGGCCCCAAGGCAGGAGAAGCCCUUGUCUGCCAUCCUGACGUGCUUCUGAUCUCCUUCACGGGAAGUACGAUGACGGCCCAGCGGAUCAUGGAGAAAAGUGCUCCACACUGCAAGCGGCUGUCGCUGGAACUGGGAGGCAAAAACCCCGCCAUCGUCUUUGAUGAUGCUGACUUGAGCCAAUGUAUCCCCACAACCCUGAGGUCCAGCUUUUACAACCAGGGUGAGAUCUGUCUCUGCACUUCCAGGAUCUUUGUUCAGAGGGGUAUAUACAGUGAGUUCUUGAAGAAGUUUGUGGCAGAGGCUAAGACGUGGAAGGUUGGGAACCCCUCAGAUCCUACAGUCAACAUGGGAGCACUAAUAAGUAAAGAGCAUCUAGAAAAGGUAAGGAGCUAUGUCAAGAAAGCCCAAGCUGAAGGAGCCAGAAUACUCUGUGGAGAGGGAGUGGAUUCCUUGACUCUACCACCUGGCAACCAGAAAGGCUACUUCAUGUUGCCCACAGUUAUUGCCGAAGUCAAGGAUGAAUCCUGUUGCAUGCAAGAAGAGAUCUUCGGUCCCGUGACAUGUGUGGUAGCAUUUGAUACAGAAGAAGAAGUGAUUGAAAGAGCCAACAAUGUGAAAUAUGGCUUGGCAGCCACUGUGUGGUCCAGCAAUGUGGGACGUGUUCAUAGGGUGGCACAAAAACUACAGUCUGGAUUGGUGUGGACCAACUGCUGGCUUGUUAGAGAUCUGAACUUGCCGUUUGGUGGGAUGAAAGCCUCAGGCAUAGGAAGGGAGGGAGCAAAAGAUUCCUACGAGUUCUUCACUGAGGUCAAAACCAUCACAAUAAAGCACUGACAUGUUAACACGAGUAUAUUAGGGUAAAACAAAUGACAGCAGUUUGUGUAACUGUAAAUGUCUUUCUGGAACACAGACUGCUAUUUGGGCCAUCUUUUUCUUGAACUUUGGUCAAGUAAUAUCAAUGACAGCUAAAAAUAGUCAUCCCAAAUGCUAAUGUUGAAUUCAACCUUGCCUGUUAAAUGAGAUCAGGGCUGACUCUGCAAUCAACCCAGCCCAAGCCAGAUGACUUGCUUAUCAGAUGGAUCCUAAAGCUUUUUUGAGUAUUCUUGCCUCAAAAAUCUCUCCCUCUAAGGCAGAUCAGAGAAAGGAUGAUCUGUAACUGUACCUGUGGUUGGUGAAUUACCUUGAGGGACAAAGUGGCAAGCACAUUGUGAGGCUGGUAUUGUGAUGGGAAUCAGUCCAUUUCCACUCUCAGCUGUACCUUCCCUGUACCAAUCCAUAUUGCACUUCUCCGAUGUCAGACAAGGACUAAUACUUCAGCACACUAAAUGCUGAAGGCAGUACCUUUAAUCUGUUAAGUGAUGUUAAACCAUAGGGCCAUGAAAUCCUCAUGAUACACAGAGACAAUAAAUGUUUUAGUUAUAACCUGUUUUAUGGUAUCCAGCUGAAUCAUCCUAAAACUUGUUCUCUGACUAUGGGAUUGUCAUAUGCAGGGACAGGAGUUGGACUCGGUGAUCUUGUGGGCCUCUUCCAACUCAGGACAUUCUAUGAUUCUAUUUUGAAAUAACAGCCUUUAGUCACUUUUAGGCCUCAGCGAUAGUGUUUUUCACAUCCCUGCCCAAAGAUCUGGCUACAUUACUGAUGGUGUCAUUCUGCAUUAGUAAAGACUGGAAGUGACUCCUAAGCCAACUAACUGUUGGAAAUGAAUGUCACAAAAGUGUAAAACCACUGGCAACUUUCCGUUAUUCAUUUAGAGCUUUUAUUUGUUUGUUUGUUUGUUUGUUUUUAAUCAGGUGUCUCACAAACUUGUUCACAUUCCCCAAAGAGAAAUAAAGUUGGAUACCUGUUUUGUGCCCCCUGC